AUGUCAGAGUGGGCUGCCCAUGACGGGCGCUCCGAGCGGCUGGGGGGGUUUGGUGCCUUGCUCACCGGCAGUGCCCAAGAGGCAGUGUCCGUCAACGAGCCAGACAACUCAGCUAGCCAGGACAUUUCUUCACUGCCGCCGCCGGCGCUAGCUUAUGUUCACAGCCCAGAGAGAGAAGAGCUCCCGGCUGCAUCUUCAGUCGACGUCCCGAAUUCUGCUGCGAGUGUGACCGUUGAGGGAAGCGGUGAUGGGUCUCCAGUCUUAACUCCAUCUGAGCCGCUUGUCGAGUCAACGAGCUGCCCCUGUACCUCAACGUCUCAACUCCCUGGGGAUCCUGCACUGUGGGGGCCCGUUACGGAGCAGCUCCGGGAAGAGGCGAUCUACCGAGGGCCUGCAGCUUUCCAGAACCGGGCUGCCAAGUAUCCUACAUUGCUGUGGGGGUGUUUGGGAGACGAUGCAGCCAGCGUCCCACAACUCAGACGCCAGAAGAGAGACUGGGUUGUCCCAACGAAGAUGCUUUUUGAGAAUUAUGUCUAUCCUCCAAACCAGUAUGUUGCCAGGAUCAGGUCAGACUGGGAUUCAGAGCGGAACCUGCACUACACUCUGCUGGGUCCCGGGGCCAGUAAAGAACCAGUAAACCUGUUUGUUGUGGAUGACAUUUCUGGACUUGUGUAUGUCCGAGGAACACUGGACCGAGAGGAGAGAGAAACCUACAUUCUGACAGGUGUGGCCACAUUUAGUAACGGCAGUACGGCCGAAAACAGAAUAGACCUGAGAUUUGAUGUGGAAGACGACAAUGAUAAUCCACCUGUUUUUGUCCCCGUACCUCCAGCUACGGUCCAAGAGUCCAGUCCACCAGGGACUCUGGUUGGUAGGAUUACAGCUACAGAUGCAGACAAGGCCAACUGUUCCCAUUCAAAGAUCGCCUACAGCCUUGUGAAGCAGGAGCCCUCUGAUGGCCGAAACGUCUUCUACAUAGACAGAGAAACUGGAUCCAUCUACGUCAAAGAAAACACCUUAGACAGAGAGACGCAAAGCUCCUACACUUUAACAGUUGAAGGAACUGAUAUGGAUGGAGCUCCUGGAGGCAACACAGGCACUGGGACAAUUCAUGUCAAAGUAGUGGACAUCAAUGAUAAUGUACCCGAGCUGGAAAAAGACGAGUAUGCAGGCAGCAUUAUGGAGAACACAGCCCAAGUGGAGGUCAUGAGAUUCAAAGUGCUGGAUGAUGAUGAAGAGAAAAGUGACAACUGGCUGGCUGUUUUUGAUAUUGUCACUGGAAAUGAAGAUGGAAUAUUCAGCAUUAAGACUGAUCCCAAAACCAAUGAAGGUGUUCUGAUGCUUGAAAAGCCUGUUGAUUUUGAGGAAAAUCCUGAUAUAAAGCUCGGAGUGGUAGUAUCCAAUGUUGCCCCAGCUAUAGGAGAUGGAGACGAUGAUGGCGAUGGUCAAGGAGGAGGAGAUUUCAAGAGCGUGGUGGCAGGUUGCGUCUGA